UUUAGCUUGAAUUUUGCCAAAUUUAUUUUCUGUAGCAGCGAUCAACUUACGGAUCGUAAUUUUGUAAUGUUAACUACUCACUGAAAAUAAAUAAUAUUUCAUGUUUUUUCCUAAAAACAAAUUCUUGAAUAAGUGUUAAAAAUGUCCCAAGGAAAGAUAAUAUUAAUGGCUUGCGGGAGCUUUAGCCCACCAACGUUUAUGCAUUUGCGUAUGUUCGAAAUAGCAAGAGAUUAUAUACAUUCAAUGGGUUUAGGGACUAUUGUUGGUGGCAUCGUAUCUCCAGUACACGAUGCUUAUGGAAAGAAGGAUCUGGUGGUCGCACAUCACAGGAUAGCAAUGCUCAAGUUGGCUUUAAGGUCGUCUGGCUGGAUCAAGGUUUCCGAGUGGGAGACCCAACAGUCUGGUUGGACACGGACCAAACUAUCAUUGCAGUACCAUCAAGAUACUAUAAACAUGCACUUAUCCCAGCUGAACAAGAGCUCGGACGCGCCGUCCUGGCUCCCGGACGACGUGCUCAACGUCAACAGCAUAGAUGAACCGGACGACUUGACUGAGAAGCUAAACGGGAAUUUCGACGAUACCGUCACUGUGAAACUACUGUGCGGCGCUGACCUCUUGGAGUCCUUCGCCACACCCGGCCUGUGGUCGGACGAAGACAUAGCAACAAUAGUGGGUCGCCAUGGCUUAGUGGUGGUGUCCCGUGCAGGAAGCGACCCCGGCCGGUUCAUAUACGAAUCGGACAUGCUCUACAAACAUAGGAAAAACGUGCUUCUAAUGACGAAUUACAUAACGAACGAAGUCAGUUCCACUGUCAUACGGCGGUUGCUGAGGCGCGGUGAGAGCGCCAAGUAUCUGACAGAUGACGGCGUGCUAGCGUACAUAAGACAGAACAGGCUGUAUGGAUCACUGCCUUGUGUCACUGAGUAUAACUUCCUGAACGAGAUGAUAGCGAACUACGACAAGAAAUCACCACAGGACAUCGUCAUGACGUCACCGGAGGAGACCAACUUCAAAAACAUCCUCAUAUCCAUAAGAGACAAACCUUCUAUUAUAGAUGAGACCAUAACCGUGAAACGACCGAAGAAGUCGAACUUCCUACUACCAACUCAUACGGACUCUAUAAGCCCGACUAUGGAUCCGAAACCGAAAAUUGCGUAUCUAGACAAAGUACCGCCUACCUACGUACCGGGAAAAGCUGUCAAAAUUGUCAGUGACGUCACAAAACACGUACUCAAAGACGAACAGGUAAGCAUAUGUGACACCACUCACGGUUCCCUAGACAGUUGCUUGUCUAGGGAUGAAUACGAUUUGUAUAGGCGUAGGGUGAGCGAGGGUAACAUGGAACACAUUGAAAAUAUUAGAGUAAAUAAAAAACGUUGCACCUCGUCGACUAUAAGGAAGUUGAGGCCGGAUGAUAUGAAAAAUAGUAAGUCUGAAGUCAGUAAGUUGUGUGACAAAGUUAAAAGUAUUAAAUUAAAAGACAGCGGCAAGAGUUAUAAGACGCGAAGUUGUAAUGAUAUUGUUAAACUUAUAUUGACUAAACAUGGUAUCCACGUUAUAAGCGAUACUGAGGCUAUGGUCUAGUAUAGCUUAUUAUUAAGUCUUUUUUUUUAAUUCUUUCUCAAUCAAAAUAUUCUCGGUAUUGUAUGUGAGAAGCCUGUUAAAAGAUAAGUUCAAAGAGACAAAGAUGGUGUUUAAUGAUUAUUGAACAAUAUUGAAGAAUAAAGUAUUAAAUAUUUCAGGGUUUGUAUUAUAUUCUAUUUCCGCGUAUUAUUAUUUGGGGGAUAAGUCCUUUGAAGUUCUGGGGUCUUACUAACAUCGCUCAAAGCAGUAUUAAUAUUUAUUUGUUGAAGUUUUGUAACAGAAUUCUAAUCUCUAUUUUUAGGACUUCGAGGUUUGUCAAAUAGACUGUCAAUUUAGAAUAAUACUGUUUUAAUCAGUCGAAUACCGAAUUAUUUCCUUCGAUGACUCUAAAUGUUUUGAUGUUUUUUUGUAUGAUGAAUUUGAAAUAAGAUUGAGUCUGUUAUAAAUGGUGGUCUAACUGUGAUGAGAAAUAUAACAAUUUGACCCUAGUUGCAAAAUGUUCACUGAAGUAAUUUGAUGUAUGUAAUCAGAUCGGAAUUUGAAUAAUUGGGAGUCUAACAUAAUUUGAGACUAGUGUAAGAGAAGUUCUGAAGUAAUCUAAGCUCUGUAAUGGUAAAAGAACUUAAGGUAUUUGGGUCUGAAUUCUAAAUGUUAUAUCCGAUGUAAAGUAAUUUCGAGGUCUGUAUAACAAAGAGGUCUUAAGUAGUUUAAGAUAUGUAAAAUAAUUGCACACAAAAAAUAGUAGGAGUACUUUAGUAUAUAACUCAUAAUUGUUUUCGAUUUUUCCAGUAUUUCUGUAAUUAUUGUCUUCCAUUUUGGUAUUUCGUUAACAGUGGCUGCGCAUGGGAUUUUAAUACUAUACAUGCUUAGUUUUAUAAAGUCACCUCUAUGAAAUCUAUAUGAGACCAGCGUGAGGCCAAAGGUCUGAUUAUGGGGUGGUCCCGUGCCAUGCCACUAUAUAACUUGUUAGUCAGUAGUUUUUAAAAGUAGUACUCAAACAUAUUCAGCCAAAUUAAAGAAUAAGGGAGGAGGCAUACUUUUAACAAGCAACGUAUCGCGUGUAGAGUCAAACGAAAAUUUUAUAUUUUCUGUGAACCACAGUCAAACUGUAAACGCCCGACAUUACUUCGCUACGCUUGUUUGUAGUGUAUUGAGGUUUCGUUAAGUGUGUUUCUGCCUUUAUUGUAAAUAGUAGUUUUUUGUAUAUAUUUUCGAAGGAGUAUCUUAAUAAAUACU